ACUCCUGUUUUUAUAUAAACCCCCCAAACAAAAGCUUACAACUAAUAAUAUGUCAUCUCGUGAAUAUGCGUUGAUCAGAUUACAUAUAUAGAGAAUAUACGUAAGUAACCAAUGGAAGGUGGCAUUAAGCAAACGUCGUCGUAUUACGAGAUUCUUGGCGUUGCCGUUGAUUCUUCGGCGGAGCAGAUACGGCGGGCGUAUCAUAAGCUUGCUAAGAAAUGGCAUCCUGAUCGGUGGACUAAUGAUCCUUUUGGAGCUGGGGAAGCUAAACGAAGGUUCCAGCAGAUUCAAGAAGCUUAUUCAGUGUUGUCGGAUCAGAGGAAACGAAGUCUUUAUGAUGCUGGACUCUAUGAUUCUGGAGAAGAUGAGGGAUACUUUGAUUUUGUUCAAGAGAUGGUUUCACUCAUGGCUCAAACUAGAAGAGAGGAAAAGCAAUACAGCUUGGAAGAGCUACAGACUAUGGUCGAUGACAUGAUCUAUGAGUUCCAAUCAGAACCAUUGUUCCAGAACCAAUCAGUGGAAAUGAAUUUCGACCUAAACCAACCGGUUGACUGGCAUCCACAGAUGUCUCUACCGGUUUCAAGCUUUGACUUCUAUCCACAGAGCAGCUACUAAACUAGAUCGAUUUGGGGAAGCAGUAAUAAGAAUCUCUCAUAUUUUGGUUUAGAUUUCUUGGAGACUCCGACCCGUGCUAAUGAAGGAUCACUGUCCCGGGUUUUUUCAGCUGAUGGUGGCUUCAAAAUAUCAACUACUCUUCUGUGACUUCUGGUACACGAAAUAGAAUCUGUUCUAGGGUUUUCACGUUUUGUUGUUUGGAAAUUUUGCUAGGUUCAAGAAGCAUUGGUUUGUAAUUGCGUUUUUCUAAUGCUUCUGUACUCUAGUAAAAACAUCUUUUCAUGUACCGAAACAAUAUCAUUUGCAAAAAGAAAAAUCUUUACAAAAAAGAAAAAAGAGGAAGAAGCAAGUUAAGCAAUGGCGAACAUAUAGAGCCCAA